GGCUCAGUAUAAAUGGGGGGCGGCGGCGGCGGCAGCAGCGCUUCGCCCAGACGGAGCCGGAGCGGGCCCGCAGUGGAGGGAGGCUCGGCGGCAGCACCGGCACCGGCACGAUGCGGCGGCCCGGCGCUCUGCCGCUGCUGGCGCUGGCGCUGCUGGCGGCACAGGGCGGCGCGGCGCCCCUGCAGCCCGGCGGCUCCCCCGCGCUCACCAAGAUCUACCCCCGCGGCAGCCACUGGGCUGUGGGACAUUUAAUGGGGAAAAAGAGCACUGGAGAUUUUCCUUAUGUUUAUGAAGAAGAAAAUAAGACCCCGUUUUCAGCAUUACCUGAAAAUAUCAAGCAGCUGGAAGACUAUCUGCAGUGGGAAGAAAUCUCAAAAUACUUGCUACGGCUGCUGGAAGGGAAUGAAAAUAAAAGUGCUCACUUUUUAAAAGGAGGGCUUCCCUGGUAUACCAGGAACACCUGGGAGACAGAUGACAAUAGCAGUUGGAAAGACAUGAUGGACUAUCUGCUUCAAGUUGUGAAUAUGAAAGAGGGCACUCCAAGCUGAAGGAAGGUCUCUGUAUCACGAAGAAAUGGAAUACUUUCUGUAAGAGACUAUAUUUCACAAGCACUUGAUUGUAUCAGAUAAUCAACAAGGUCUCUUUUCUGUAAACAAGAUUUCCUUUGUGUAAAAUACCUAAAUACACAUAUUCUUGUAUGUUUCAGCAAUGACUAAACUCUCUACUUCAGUUUUCAAGGUUGCAUUUUCUCACCUGAAUGGCUUUGAUAUAUAUAAUUGUCACGGAAGGGUCUUCCAAUUAAUUAUAUGACUUACCUAUCCGAUCAGUUCAUCUCUUAGUUCGAAACUACAUGGCAUUUCAACAUUCGCAAUAAAUAGUA